CGGAAAUGUUGUAUUCACAGUGAUACAGAAAACACCUCAGGGAAGAUAAUAGAUGUCUGACUCGAACUCGUUUUCAGUUAUGUUUAAAAUAUUUUUUGGUUGGGUUUUAUUAUAAUGAGACCGUCCGAUCCAUUCAUCUGUUCACCUAUCGGAAUCAUUAGGAAAGAUGAAUGAUCCACCAAGCUUCCGGCACUUUGCAGGAAUAGUUUAGUUUUAGACAAGGGAGGUGGGUAGUUUAUAAUUUUCAAAUAAUGGUUGUGAAGUUUAGAUUAUUUAAAAAAUAAGGCUUUAAGUUAAAAAAUAAUUGUUUUAAUCCUAAUUUAGAGAUUUUUUAAAGUAAUUCUGAACAAAGAUAAGAAAUGAAGAAACGAAGUUCUACGAGGCACAGUAGCCAAACUCAUGAAGAUCAGGUUAUGGCAAACUUGAAUUUUCAACAAGUGCCUCGAAGCCUAGCUAGUGGCGGAGUUGGUGGCGUUGGAGGCAGAGUGAGCUCAGGUCUUGUUGGUAGUGUCUCAGGACAUGUGACACCAACUUUUGGGGGCGCCUUGUCGCCUGGCCGUAAUUCAACUGCAAUGCCAGGCGGAGCUCCCCCAUCAAUGGCAUCUAGAGCUACGUUGUUUGGUCAACGAGCUUUUGCAGACCGAAGGGUUACAAUGCCAACAACUUUAUCUCAAGCUAAUUCUAAUUCAAUGUCGAGUAUGAGUAAUCUGUCACGGUUCAACGCUGGCAACAACUACCAUUCAGUUUUUGGUGAAGGUGGUGACACAUCAACACCACCACUUCUGGACCUAAGCGAAUUUCCAUCACUAACAGCAAGAGGCGCGGGUGACCAAGCACCCACUACAGCACCACCACCUCCGGGCUCUAAACCCUAUGUUGGUAUGGUGAAGCAGCCGACAUCGGAACAAUCAGAAUUUACAAUGUCUUCGGAAGAUUUUCCGGCGUUACCCGGCACGUCGACAGGCGCCAGUACGACGGGCGGCGCGACGGCGGCGGCGGUGGCGGUGGCCGGCGCCGGCGCCUCCACGGUCUCCGCGCCCGCACCUGCAGACAUUGCACACGCACCAGACAAGACGCGCAAAGGGAUACAGACUUCUCCUGAAGUUGUCAAUCAAGGAGCGCAUAAUAUGGAAUUUUACGGCAAAGUAACAAACAUACCGGAUACAAUGAUACCAAACCAAUUUGGAAUAGUCGGUCUAUUGACUUUUAUCCGUGCUGCGGAAUCGGACCCUAGUCUAGUGUCGCUAGCAUUGGGACAGGAUUUGACUGCUUUAGGAUUGAAUUUAAAUUCACCUGAUAACCUUAACUUGACGUUUGCUGGCCCAUGGGCGGAUACGCCUUGCAGACCACAGGACAUGGAUUAUCACGUACCUCCCGAAUAUCUAAUUAAUGGUUCAAUAAGAGAAAAACUAGCGCCUCUACGACUCGGAAGAUAUAAAGAAGAUCUAUUAUUCUAUUUGUUCUACUGUUUCGUUGGUGACGUUUUACAAAUUGCGGCUGCAGCAGAGUUAUACAAUCGCGAAUGGCGAUAUCAUAUGGAGGAGAAGGUGUGGAUCUCACAAGCGCCCGGCAUGCCAAUGGUCGAGAAGACUUCAACGUACGAACGCGGCACCUACUACUUCUUCGAUGCGCACAAUUGGAGAAAGGUGCCGAAAGAGUUUCAUUUGGAUUACAGCAAGCUGGAGGGUCGGCCGCAGUUACCGCCCCAUGUGCUCACGUAGCGCAUCCACGCCUCUCACUCUAUUGUAGUUUUGUUAUAUAAAAAGUACAAGUUUAAA